ACAGACGAGUUAGGUGAGUUCCAGUCCAGCAGAGUGAGUUACCUGCGUGGUGGCUGCUGCAGGCUGGGCUCUAACCAGGGAACGCGGCCAUCGGUGCUUGACAGACAGGGACAAGAGCAUUUGGAAAGGAAAGAUAGCUUCUUGCUUGACUCACGGUGGGAGAGACACAGGAAAAGAACAAAAGCCAGGCUGCUCCAAUCAAAACUGAAAAUGUGUUUCAUGUCCGAGAAAUUUGGAGAGUAUUGAUUUAAGUAGGCAAGAUGACUGGGUGGCUGGUUCCUCUAACAACUAUUGAAGUACUCCUCCUGGCAGUGUCUUCUCUGAGCAUCUAUGUUGAACCUAAAGAAGGCAGCCUCGCAGGCGGGACGUGGCUCACAGUCAUUUUUGAUGAUUUCGAGGCUAGUCUCCUUUAUCCCACCAACGGCUCUCAGCUGGAGAUCCACCUGGUGAACGUGGCUGCGCCUGCACUGCCCAGCGUCCCCUGUGACCUCGCUCCCGUCUUCCUGGCUUUGCCGGCAGUGAUGUGCAGGACCAGACCUCUGCUGUCCGAAGCACACGAGGGCCUGUUCUACCUGGAAGUGCGCUCAGGGGCACAGGUGGUAGGCAGCCCAAGGCCAGGACCACGAGACAGCGGCACGUUCAAGUUUUCCAGGGCACAGACACCCAUUGUUUACCAAGUUCAUCCACCAAGUGGAGUUCCAGGAAAGCUGAUACAGGUGUAUGGCUGGAUUAUCUCUGGAAGCUCGGAAACCUUGGAUUUGGACGCCGAGUACAUUGACAGCCCACUGAUUUUGGAAGCUCACGGAGACCAGUGGGUCACUCCUUGCUCUCUCGUAAACAGGAAGACAGGACGCUGUUAUCCUAUUCAGGAAGACCAUGGUCCUGGGACUCUGCAGUGCCGUGUGGAAGGCAACUACAUUGGAUACCAGAAUGUUAGUUUCUCAGUAUUUAACAGAGGAAAGUCCAUGGUACACAAGAAUGCGUGGCUGGUCAGCGCCAAGCAGGACCUUUUCCUGUACCAGACGUACUCAGAAAUCCUAUCUGUGUUUCCAGCAACUGGGAGCCUUGGAGGAGGAACAGACAUCACAAUUACAGGAGACUUCUUUGACAAUCCUGUCCAGGUUACCAUUGCAGGAAUUCCGUGUGACGUCAGACAUGUAUCUCCCAGGAGGAUUGAGUGCACCACCAGGGCUCCGGGAACAGGUGCCCGGCUCUCUGCUCCUCAGGCAGGCAAUCGAGGGCUUCUUUUUGAAGUUGGAGAUGCUGCAGAGGGCGUGGACCUGACUCAAGCCACCCCCGGGUACCGAUGGCAGAUUGUCCCUAAUGCCAGCUCUCCAUCUGGAUUUUGGUCACAGGAAGGGCAGCCUUUCAGAGCACGGCUCCGUGGGUUCUUUGCGGCCCCAGAGACAAAUAAUUACACGUUCUGGCUCCAGGCCGACCACCAGGCUUCCCUGUAUUUCAGCCGGUCGGAGGACCCGAGGACCAAGGUGAAGGAGGCCUCCCUCAGGGUGGGCACCGCCGACUGGUUUGACUCCUGGGAGCAGAGUGGCAGUGAAGAGAUCUGGCAACAGAAGACCCCCAAGCUGGAGCUGCUCGGGGGAGCCAGGUACUACCUGGAAGCGGAGCACCGAGGGAGAGCCCCCAGCAGGGGCGUGAGGAUCGGGGUCCAGAUCCACAACACCUGGCUGAGUCCCCAGGCGGUCAGCACCUACCUCCGGGAGAAGCACCAGGUCCGAGCCCGGGCCCACAGACUUCCGGACAUCCAGAUGCUGACCGUGUCUGGCGCAGGGCACUUCCUCCUCACGUGGGACGAUGUCUCUAGCCGGCCAAUCCCGGCAAAUGCCACAGCCCACCAGAUUCAAGCAGCCAUUGAGGGGUUACUUGCAGUCAAGUGCGAACUGGACCCCCUUUCGGCAAACAUACUGCUCCGGCUGGGAUUCGAGCAAGGCCCAGAAGGUUCCAGCUUUGAUGGGCACCUCACCAGUGGGACAGAGCCCUUCUGUGGGAGGUUCAGCCUCUAUCAGCCUCGACACCUUGUCCUCACACCCCCGGCUGCCCAGAAGGGCUAUCGGCUGGACCGGUACACGCACCUGUGCCUUGCGUACAGGGGCCAUGUGGAUGCGAUCCUGAGGGUGACCGUGUCCUUCACAGUCGGCUUUGGAAACACCGUUCAGAAGAACACCACCUGUGACUGGAGUCUUGUGGGGACCAGUCCCAUCAGCUGGGAGUUCGCCUGCACUGACCUCCGCAAGACCUGCGUGCAUGACCCCGCGUGCCUCCAGCCGCCUCCGGCAAACUGCCCCGUGCUUGUUCAUGGGAUUGACCUCCUCCCUCUGUCUCCGGGGACGGGCGCGUUCUACGUGGAUGAAGUUAUCAUUGCAGACACGAACCUAACAGUUUCUCAAGCUGACUCUGGAACAGCUCGCCCUGGCGGGAAUCUGGUGGAAGUGCUCUCUGUGGUGGGAUCCCCUCCUGUCUACAACAUCACCUCCUGGUUGGCGGGGUGUGGCCCGGACCUCCCGCUCAUCACUGCAAGCUCUGUGCCCAGUGAAGGAGCAGAGGGAGGAUCCGGGUCGGUCCAGGCGACAACACGGAGACUACAGAGGACAAGUCCACCUUUAGGGGGACACUUCCGCAUCCAGCUUUCCGACACAGUGAUUCCUGGUGUCCCUGUGCACAUUUCAGCCAGUCACCUCCAAAAACUCUUACAGAACAAUGCCGACGACUUCACAUCCAGGUACCUCAACGUCAGUGACUUCACUGUGACGGAGGAUCUAAAGUCUUGCUACGAACACGUGUGGACCCUCUCUUGGUCCACCCAGGUUGGGGACUUGCCCAAUUUCAUCAGGGUAUCCGACGAAAACCUGACGGGAGUGAACCCUGUUGUGACCACGCGUGUGGUAUAUGACGGUGGAGUUUUUCUUGGACCCAUAUUUGGAGACAUGUUGGUCACUGCCAACGAGCACACUCAGGUGGUUGUGCGAGUGAAUGACGUACCAGCUCAUUGUUCAGGUUCAUGUUCCUUCCAGUACCUCGAGGGGUCGACUCCCCGGGUCCACUCUGUGUGGUAUGACCUAGAUGACAUUGACCUGCUGGUUUAUAUUACCGGAAGCAGUUUCUCUGACGACUCACAGGCCUUGCAGGUUACAGUGAACCAAACGCAUUGCAAAGUUAUUUCCUCAAACCAAACGAAUGUGGUGUGUCGGACAGGCCUGCUGCCCUUGGGGGUGCAUCGCAUCUCAGUGUUGGUGAGACCUUCUGGUCUUGCCGUCAGUGCCAGCGGAGGAGGCCUCUUCCUAAACGUGGAGCCCAGGCUGGACGCUGUGGAGCCUUCCAGAGCUGCAGACACUGGAGGGCUCUGGGCCACCAUCCGAGGCUCCGGUUUGGAAGAUGUGAGCCUGGUGUUCUUCGGAUCUCAGCCGUGUGCCGUCAACGUCACCACAAGCCAUUCACGAAGAAUUCAAUGCAAAGUUCCACCCAGGGGGAAGGAUGGACCUAUUGUGAGUGUGACUGUGAUCAGAGGGGACCACUCUGUGGUUCUUCCCACGGCAUUUACGUACGUCUCCUCUUUAAAUCCAGUAAUCACGUCUCUCAGCAGAAACAGAAGCAACGUAGCAGGAGGUGAGACCCUUUCCAUUGGAAUGACGCUGCCUGUGAACCACACGGAUUUGGAUGCGGAAGUCCACAUCGGGGAUACCAGGACUCCAGUUCGAGAGCAGACGGCCCAAGGCCUGGAGGUGGUGCUGCCCCCGCUGCCCGCCGGGCUCCACAGAGUCUCAGUCUCCAUCAGUGGGGUCCACAUUCGCGCACCAGGGGUUGAUCUUCACAUCCAGUACCUCACAGAAGUCUUCAGCAUCCAGCCUUGCUGUGGGUCCCUCCUGGGUGGAACCAUCCUCAGCCUCUCGGGAGUAGGGUUCAGCCGGGACCCAGCUCUGGUUUGGGUGCUUGUGGGCAAUCGGUCCUGUGACAUUGUGAACUCCACAGAGAUGAACAUCUUGUGUGAGACCCCGCCAGCCCCGCUGCUGCCUGGUGCCCCAGCCCCUGUGGAGGUCUGGGCUGGCAGUCAGUCCUCCCCCAGCGGACCUCUGCCAAGCCUGGUGGGGGAGGGCUUCACUUUCAUGUACGAAGCGGCAGCAACACCAGUGGUCACUGCCACGCGAGGAGAAAUCACGAACCACAGCCUGAGGCUCUCUGUGGAGGGACGUAAUCUCUCCAAUUCGGUAGCCCUCCUGGGUGGCUUGAGCUGUGAUCUUGAGACCCAGUCUUCCGGGACCCACAUGAUCCUGUCUGGGUGCGACUUUCCGCUUCCCAGUUUGGAGGCGGGCAUCUAUCCUCUCCGAGUCCGUCAGAAGCAGAUGGGGUUUGCUAACAUGUCUGCGGUGCCCCAGCAAUUUGUGGUGACACCUCGGAUCACGGCCGUCUUCCCCACGCGUGGAUCUGCUUGUGGAGGGACAGUGGUCACAGUGAGGGGCUUGGUUCUCAACUCCAGCAGGAGGUCAGUUCAGGUUGACCUUUCAGGACCUUUCAUUUGUGCGAUGUUGAGUCUGGGGGACCAGGCAGUCAUCUGCCGGGUUGCCCUGGUGGGUGACUCCUUGCCUGGGGCUUCCUUCACCCUGAAAGUCACCGUUCUGGUUAAUGGGCUACCCAGCGAGUGUCAGGGGAACUGCACCCUUUUCUUGAGAGAAGAGAUGACUCCUGUCGUGGACGCCUUGACCAUCAACAGCAGUGGGUCUCUGACCAUGGUGCUGAUUAGGGGCCAGCGGUUAAGCACUGCGGCUGAUGCCCCAGUGGUGCUGGUAGAUGAUUGCCUCCCUUGCUUUGUAACUUUCUUUAAUAUGAGCCACGUGACAUGCUGGAUAAAGGACUUGGCUCCAGGACCUCACUACCUAUCAGUUUUUCAUGCAAGAUACGGUUAUGCUUGUUUUGGUAACGUUUCCAGAGACUUCCAUGUUUUACCUCAAGUGUUUCACUAUUUCCCAAAGAACUUCAGCAUCCACGGUGGAAGCCUCCUGACCAUGGAGGGCUCAGCCCUGAAGGGACGGAACACCACGUUGGUCUAUGUCGGCCAGCAGGCCUGCCUGACGGUGAACCUUGGCUCUGAGGUCCUCCGGUGCAUGGUCCCUGCAGGGAAUGGAUCUGUGGCCCUGGACGUAGAGGUGGAUGGACUUUCAUACCAGAUGGGCAUCAUUGGUUACAGUGAUGCCUUCACCCCCGAAUUGCUCUCUGUUUCUCAGACUGAUGACAUCUUAACCUUUUCGGUGGCCCAGAUCUCAGAAGCUGCGAACGUUGACAUUUUUAUCGGGAUGUCACCCUGCGUGGGUGUCUCUGGCAACCAGACCGUUCUCCAGUGUGUGGUCCCGUCCCUUCCCGCCGGGAGGUACCAAGUCCAGGGUUACGACCGCACGAGAGGGUGGGCCUCAUCUGACCUGGUGUUCACAUCCAGAGUUACCGUGACAGCCGUGACCGAGAACUUCGGCUGCCUGGGUGGAAGGCUCGUGCAUGUGUUCGGAGCAGGAUUUUCUCCCGGGAACAUCUCAGCUGCCGUGUGUGGUGCUGCCUGCCAAGUCUUGGCUAACGCGACCGUGUCUGCCUUCAGCUGCUUGGUUCCGCCUCUGAAUGUGUCCUUGGCUUUCCUGUGUGGCCUGAGGCAUGAGGAGGAGACCUGCGAGGCCUCCAGCUCCAGCUAUGUGCAGUGUGAUUUGACCGUCGCUGUGGGAACAGAGAGGCUGCCUGGGUCCUGGCCUUACUUCUACGUUUGUGAAGAGAGUACCCAUUGCUUCUUUGCACAAGAUCCUUGGACAGAGUCAGCCUUUCCAUUGUUCUCAGGCCUCUUGAUCAGCCCUAAAGUGGAAAGAGAUGAAGUUCUCAUCUAUAAUAGCUCCUGUACCAUUACCAUGGAAACUGAGGCAAAGAUGGAGUGUGAGACGUGUAAUCAGCCAAUUACCGCCAAGAUUACUGAGAUACGGAAAAGCCGGGGCCAGAACACUCAGGGCAACUUUUCCUUACACUUCUGCGGGAGGUGGUCCAGGGCUCACAGCUGGCUUGCCGGCAGACGGCCACAAGAGGGCGACAACGUCACGGUGGAGAAGGGCCAGGUGCUCCUGCUGGACACCAACACCAGCGUCCUCAACUUACUGCACGUGAAAGGAGGCAAGCUGGUCUUCCUGGGCCCGGGACCCAUCGAGCUCAGGGCGCACGCCAUCCUCGUUUCCGAGGGUGGAGAGCUCCGGGUCGGAUCCGAGGACAAGCCAUUCCAAGGCAAAGCUCACAUCAGACUCUACGGGAGUUUGCACUCUGCUGCCUUCUUUCCCUAUGGAGUCAAGUUCCUGGCGGUGAGGAAUGGCACGCUAUCCCUGCAUGGUUCGCUCCCAGAGGUAGUGGUCACCCAUCUUCGAGCAGCUGCCCAUGCCCAGGACACAGUGCUGGCCCUGGAAGACGUGGUGGACUGGCACCCUGGGGAGGAGGUCGUCAUCCUCAGCGGGGCGGGUGCCCAAGGCGCCAAGCCCACAGAAGAGACUGUCAUCGUGGACACAGUGCACCAUGCAGACCUCCAUCUGAGGUCACCCUUGAGAUAUUCCCACAAUGCCACAGAGAACUGGGUGGCUGGAGAGCGCCGUGUUUUAAAGGUCAUGGUGGUGCUACUCAGCAGAAGUGUCACCAUCCAGGGAAACCUCACGGACGAGAGGGUGAAGCUCCUUGCUUCCUGCCCGGGGGCCGAGGCUUCAGAAGGUAACUUGCAGGACUGUUUGUAUUCCAAGAGUGAGAAGGUGCUGGGAUCCAGAGAUCUGGGGGCCAGAGUCAUCAUUCAGUCCUUCCCCGAGGAGCCCAGCCGGGUCCAGUUACAGGGAGUGCAGUUCCGGGACUUGGGGCAAGCCUUCCGCAAGCACGGGAGCUCACUGACUCUGGUGGGAGCUCUGAGAGGUUCCUAUAUGCAGGGCUGCACAGUGUGGUGUUCCUUCAGCAGAGGCCUCAGCAUGUCCAGGACCUCGGGCCUGAGGGUGGACAACAAUGUGUUCUACAAUAUUUUAGGCCACGCACUGCUGGUGGGUGCAUCUCCCGAGAUAAGGCAUAUCCUUUGGGAGGUCAUUCCUGGAGGAGAAAAUGACUGGUCAGAACAAGGAAAUGUGAUAAGAAACAAUGUGAUCAUCGAUGUCUCUGGCGCCGAGGGGCUCUCCAGUCCUGAAAUGUUGGCACCCUCUGGUAUCUACAUCCGCGAUCCCACCAAUGUUGUGGAGGGAAACAGCGUGUGUGCUGCUGGUUAUGGCUACUUCUUUCAUCUUGUGACCAACCAGACGUCCCGAGCGCCACUUCUCUCCUUUACCCGCAAUAGCGCACGUUCUUGUACCAGGUGUGGUCUCAUUGUCUACCCUAAAUUUCAGCCGCCGUGGGAUCCUUGCGCUGGCCCCGCCCUGUUCCAAAAUUUCACGGUUUGGGGAAGUGCAGGAGGUGCCCAGAUUUUUAGAAGUAGCAAUCUUCACCUGAAAAACUUCCAGGUUUAUGCAUGCAGAGAUUUUGGAAUUGAUGUCUUGGAAAGUGAUGCGAAUACUUCAGUCACUGACAGCUUGUUACUUGGUCAUUUUGCUCAUGAGGGAAGGCAGUGUAUGUCAGCUGGGGUCAAAACUCCCAGAAGGCGGGAACUGAGAGUAUCUAACACAACGUUCGUGAAUUUUGAUCUCACUGACUGUGUGGCCGUCAGGACCUGUUCGGGCUGUUCCCAGGGACAGGGUGGGUUUACUGUGAAGACCAGCCAGCUGAAGUUUACCAACUCUCCAAACGCAGUAGCAUUUCCAUUUCCUCAUGCAGCAGUUUUGGAAGACUUGGAUGGGUCUCUGACCGGGAAAAAUGGAAGUCACGUUCUUGCUUCCAUGGAAACCCUUUCAGCUUCUUGUUUGGUCAAUGCCAGCUUCAGUCAGCUGGUCCAUGGCAGCGUCUGUGAGGAAAACGUGCACUUUCAUCGGAUGUCUGUUGGUUUAGCCAAUGCCCCGAAACUUUCUUAUGAUUUAACCAUAACGGACAGCAGGAACAAGACCACCACUGUCAGUUAUGUGCACGACACACUGUCUAACCCUAAUGGCUGGAUGGCCCUGCUCCUGGAUCAAGAGACCUACUCACUGCGAUUUGAGAGCCCUUGGACCAACAACAGCUCUCUGCAGUACUCAGCAACAUUUGACAGCUUUGCUCCCGGAAACUACCUGCUGUUGGUGCACAGAGAUAUGCGGUCUUAUCCUGACAUCCUUUUAAAGUGUGGGAGUCGCGUGGGGCGGGCCCUUCCGUCUCUCCCAUCACCUGGUCAGGACCAAGGCUGUGACUGGUACUUCGAUAGCCAAUUGAGACAGCUCACCUAUCUGGUUUCAGGUGAAGGCCAAGUUCAAGUGAGUCUCCAGGUGAGGGAAGGUGUGUCUCCAACUAUUUCAGCUUCUACCUUGGCACCUGAAUCGAUUUUAAAGUGGUCCCUCCCUGAAGCGUGGGAAGGCGUGGAAGAGGGCUGGGGAGGACACAGAGGUACCAUUCCAGGCCCUGGGGAUGACGUCCUGAUUUUACCCAACAGGACUGUCCUUGUGGAUACGGAUCUUCCAUGGCUCAGAGGCCUGUAUGUGACGGGGACUCUGGAGUUCCCUGUGGACAGAAGCAACGUUCUGAGCGUGGCGUGCGUGGUCAUCGCAGGUGGGGAGCUGAGAGUCGGUACUUUAGAAAAUCCUUUAGAAAAAGAGAAAAAGCUUCUGAUUCUCCUUAGAGCUUCGGAGGGAGUCUUUUGUGACCGUUUCAAUGGAAUUCGUGUUGAUCCAGGAACAAUUGGGGUGUUUGGGAAAGUUCAACUUCAUAGUGCUUAUCCGAAGAAAUCCUGGACACAUCUUGGGGCUGACAUCGCCUCAGGCAAUGAGAGAAUUAUAGUAGAAGACACGGUGGAUUGGCGACCCCACGACAAGAUUGUCCUGAGUUCCUCUUCUUACGAGCCUCACGAAGCUGAGGUCCUCACUGUGAAAGAAGUCAAGGGCCAUCAUAUCAGGAUUCAUGAACGGCUCAAACACCGGCACAUUGGAAGCGUCCACGUGAUGGAGGAUGGCCGAUCUGUUCGUCUGGCUGCUGAGGUUGGACUUUUGACCCGGAAUAUACAAAUCCAGCCUGAUACAGCGUGUGGGGGGAGACUGCUCGUGGGGUCCUUCAGGAAGUCCAGCAUGGAAGAAUUUUCAGGUGUCCUUCAACUUUUCAAUGUGGAAAUUCGGAACUUGGGGUCGCCGUUGUAUUCAUCCAUCAACCUCACCAACGUGUCAGCAGGAUCCUGGAUAAUAUCUUCGACUCUGCACCAAAGCUGCGGUGGGGGCAUUCGUGCAGUGGCCAGUCGUGGGAUCAUUUUAAAUGACAAUCUGGUGUUUGGCACAGUGGGCCACGGCAUUGAUUUGGAGGGUCAGGGCUAUUCUCUCUCCAAUAACCUUGUGGUUCUCAUGACACAGUCAGCAUGGUCUACUGUGUGGGUGGCAGGAAUCAAAGUGAAUCAGGCCAAGGACGUCCACCUCCAUGGCAACGUUGUGGCAGGAUCAGAGCGACUUGGGUUUCACGUCCGGGGCCACAGGUGCUCCUCUCCCGAAGCUCUCUGGUCUGACAACGUGGUGCACUCAUGUCUUCAUGGCCUCCAUCUCUAUCAGGAGUGUGGACCUGACAACUGUACCAGUGUCUCUGGCUUCUUGGCUUUCAAGAACUUUGACUAUGGUGCCAUGCUGCGUGUGCAGAACAGCGUGGAAGUAGAGAACGUCACUCUGGUGGACAAUGCUGUCGGCCUUUGGGCAGCAGUGUAUGUGUCUUCUGCUCCACAGUGUUACAUCGAAAAUGUAUGGAUUGUGCUGAAGAAUUCAGUCCUUGUGGCCACAAGCUCAUCUUUUGACUGCAUUCAGGACAGAGUCAAGCCCCGCUCUGCCAACGUGACCUCGGCGGAUCGAGCUCCUUCCAAUCCCAGAGGGGGUCGAGUUGGUCUUUUGUGGCCUGUGUUCACCUCCGAACCACAUCAGUGGCCUCGGGAGCCGUGGCACAAAGUGAGGAGUGGCCGUUCCAUUUCAGGCAUCAUAAAACUUCAAGAUGUGACCUUUUCUAGUUUUGUGAAGAGUUGCUAUAGUGAUGAUCUAGAUGUCUGCAUCCUGCCCAAUGCAGAGAACACUGGAGUUGUGCAUCCAAUAACAGCAGAGAGGACCAGGAUGCGAAAGAUCAAAGAUAAAAACAAGUUCUACUUUCCUCCUUUACAAACCAGGAAAGAUUUAGAAACACUGAUCUGCUCUGAACCAGAUUGCGAAAGCCCCAGAAGAUAUCUCUUUAAGGAUCUGGAUGGGAGAGCCCUGGGUCUACCUCCACCAGUUUCUGUAUUUCCUAAAACCGAGGGGGAAUGGACUGGAUCCUUCUUCAACACAGGCACAUUCAGAGAAGAGCAGAAAUGCACAUACCGACCCCCGAUACAAGGCUACAUCUGCAAACAGACCGACCAUGUGAUCUUAAUUCUUGAAAGUGAUGAAGCCACCUGGACCACGCAGACUUUCUAUCCAGUUGUGUCUGUGACUAGUGGUUUCGUUGACACCUUCAGUAGCAUAAAUGCCAACACUCCCUGCUCCACUUCAGGGUCUGUGUUGAGUUUCUAUUCCAUCCUACCCACCAAGGAAAUCAGCAAGGUCUGCUUUGUGGAUCAGACUCCUCAAGCUUUGCGUUUUUUUCUAUUGGGGAACAAAAGUACCUCCAAGCUCCUCUUGGCUGUGUUCUACCAUGAACUCCAGAGCCCCCGUGUUUUCUUAGGGGAAAGAUUCAUUCCACCCACUCUGCGUCAGUCAACUUCUUCACUGCUGAAUGAGUCUAUUGGUUCCAACUAUUUCAGCAUCCUGGAUAACCUCUUGUAUGUUGUCCUGCAAGGAGAGGAGCCCAUUGAAAUACGCUCAGGUGUUUCCAUUCACUUGGCCCUCACUGUGAUGUUUUCAGCCCUAGAAGAAGGCUGGGAAAUCAUGAUCCUUGAAAGACUAACUGACUUCUUGCAGGUGAGCCAAGACCAGAUCAGAAUUCUUCAUGAGAUGCCUGGGGAUGAAGCAACAUUAAAGGCCAUCGCUGACAGUAGAGCCAAGAGAAAGCGCACAUGUCCGAUGGUGACUUGUGCCAAUCUUGAUAGAGUUGGUCAGCGUAGACCUCUCAUGACGGAAGAGAGCUCAUAUCGGGUCCUGCCACCAACCACUGUGGAAACUCUCUCAAAAGUGGUGGUCAUUGAAAUUGGAGAUCUGCCAACAGUACAGAGCCCUGGACUGACUCCAUCCUUAUCCAGUAACAAAUUACAGAGUUUGGCUCACCAGGUUAUCAGCGCUCAACAGACUGGAGUCCUGGAGAGUGUUCUGAAUACGACUAUCGGGGCCUUACUGGUGACUCAGUCAAAGGGAGUCACUGGCUAUGGAAAUACAAGCAGUUUUAAACCUGGAAACUGGAUGUAUGUCCGCCCCUCUGCUCUUUCGGUCCUGGUCCAGCCUUCCGAUGGAGAAGUGGGAAAGGAACUUGGAGUCCAACCUGAGCUCGUUUUCCUGGAUCAGCAGAAUCAGAGAGUCGAGUCCCUUGGGGCCCCGUCAGAGCCUUGGGCUGUUUCUGUUUCCCUGGAAGGAGCACCAGAUUCUGUGCUGAGAGGCUGUACUCGGGCAGAAACCCAAGACGGUUAUGUGAGCUUCUCCAACUUGGCAGUUUUGAUCCCCGGAUCAAAUUGGCACUUUAUUUUCACUGUCACUUCCCCUCCAGGGGUCAAUUUUACAGCUCGCUCCAGGCCAUUUGCUGUCUUAGCUGCGACUCCAUCCGAGAGGUCCACCAUGCUCCUGGCUGCUUCCCUGUGCUCCGUGGUCUCGUGGCUGGCUCUGUGCUGCCUCGUAUGCUGUUGGUUUAAGAAAAGCAAAAACAGAAAAAUAAAAAGUGAAGAGAUUUCUGAAUCUCAGACUGAUGAUCAAAACAAUCAUAUCCAUGUCACAUCCAAAUGCCAAGGACCACAGAUAGAGAUGGAAAAGGAAGGUGCCAGGAUGGCAGAAGAUUUGAGGAUGAAGGUCCUGAGAGGCAGACUGAACCAGCUCCCCCAUCAGUCACUGAAUGGCGUGUCCAGAAGGAAGGGGAGCCGGCCGGUGGUCCGGGAGGAAGGUGGCCGCCAGGCGGAGGCUGCUGCUCCUGCCUCCGGCGUCGCCGGUGUGACGGCGCACGGGAACCCCUGCGCUCCGGGCUCCCCUGCUCAGCAGGUGUACCUGCAGGAGACUGGGAGCUGGAAGGAGGCCCAGGAGCAGUUGCUCAGAUACCAGCUGGCAGGCCAAGAUCAGCUGCUGCUGCUCUGCCGGGACCUCAGACAGGAGAGGCAGCGACUGCAUGGCCAGAGCCGGCUGGACAAGGACACUGUCAGCCUGGGGCUUUCCCAGGAGAAGCCAGCCUCCUGUGGCACCACCGAGGCCUUCUGCCUCCACCCAGUACACCCGGAGGCUGUUCAGGAACAGCUGUGAUCAAGGACCCAUGGGGACAUAUGGGCUGAAAGUCAUAAUGUCCAAAAUAUUUCUGGAUCAUGAAUGGAGGGAUGACCCCUGACUGGUUUGACAUUAAGGAGGGAGAAUAUGGACUCUGAGUUCUCUGUUUUCAACUUUAAAAUGCAAGACAGUCACUUAAGUGAUUGUAGAUUGAAACAGUAUCUGAUAUGUCUUGUAUUUAUCACGGAUCCUAGUCCAGUGCCAGACAAAUAAUAGGUUCUCAAAUAUUCGUUGAUUUUUUUCCUUGUUUUUGACUUCAGCUGGUUAUCUUCCUGAUUUUGCCAUCCUAAUUAUGGCAUAAUACUGAUUUAUACCAGUAGAGGGUGCAAUUAAGCUUCCUCUAGGAUCACCACCCACAAUGCUUUGGGCUUCUCUUAUAGAUGGGAUCAUGCAAAGGACUGGUCUGCUACAGUUAUUCCUGCUGUGUUAAAGCAAAACAUUUCUUUCCCCGAUGGGAACAUCUGAAGGAUAGAAGACCCCUCUCCCUGACCUGUCAGAGCUGAUUUUCCAACCACAAGGUGACUGCCUGGCUUUUUCACAAAUUGAUUUUAUUUCAUGGCUUAAAUUAAAUCAUUAUUAGGAGCUCA